AUGGAGGUGCAAAUUCAGCAGGCUGUGGAGAUUGCCUCCGGUUACACCAAUGACAAUACUUUGAAACAACAAGCAUUGGACUUUAUACAGCAGUUCAAGGCUUCUCCUGAUGGAUGGAAACACUGCAUCACUCUUCUUGCCUCUUCCAUUUCUGCCAAGGAUGACUCUUCGAUAUCUUUGAAUAUGAAGUUCUUCAUAUUUCAAGUAUUUGACGAGAGAAUUCCGUUUCUCAGCGAUGAAGAGAAAACGAAUUUGAAAGACGCUGUUUUCGGCUAUAUAGAGGAGCUAAUCUCCAAGGAAAAGGUGGAACCUGUGUUUCUUCGUAAUGCAGCUGCCAAAACGCUUGGACUGUUGUUUGUCAACUGCACUUUAUCGUGCUAUCCUAAUCUCAUCAAGGAGCUAUUAUCUAUGGCUACGCAGGAUGGACAUACUUUCAACGAGCUUGCUACAGAUUACUAUUUGAAGACGUUGGUGAUUAUUCAUCAAGAAAUUGGUGAUCAAAUGAUUAUUAGAGAUAAGCAAACUACGGACAGAAACACUCUCUUGAAAGAUUUCAUUAGGGACAACGAUAUGGUAUCGAUGACCGAGUCUUGGAAACAGAUUCUUCAACAUUUCACUGACCCUGACGCUGCCAUCGGCGACAAGGCCUUAGCCAGCGAAAUAAUUGACGGUGCACUAAUGGCUAUAGGCUUCUAUUCCUCCUGGAUAGAGGUCAACCUCAUUUUGGACCAGCGAUUUUUAACUAUUUUCUACCAGUGCCUCACCAGUAAUGAUCAAAAAAUACAGAUCAGAACUGCUGGUACAUUUGUUGACAUCUUGCAUAAAAAGAUGCUUCCUUCAAAGAAGUUGGAGUUGAUCAAUUUUCUUAACUUGGGAACUUUUCUAAACCAGAUGCAGUUCAACAUCAAAAAUCUGGACUUCAGUUUUACUCAAUCGUUGGCAAAAUUAUGCGAACAAUUGGGUUCCGAGUGUAUUGAAGUCUUGGAUAGAAGCAGCCACGACGAAUUGAAAUAUGACGACUUUAGAAACAUGGCCGUUGCUAAUGUAUUGGAAGUGAUGCCACUUGUUUUUAGGUUUCUGGAGUACGGAUAUGAUGAUAUAUCUUUGGAAGUGUUUCCGUUUCUUUCCAAUUAUCUCUUGUUUUUGAAGAAAAAUAUCGUCAACGAGGAUCUCGACUUUUCUGCUUUGAACAACGAUCAAAUCUUGACCACCUUAUUGAAGAAGAUUAUCCUAAAAAUGAAAUAUGACGAGGAGGAUGAUGGCGAUGAUGAAGAGAGUAUAGAAAUGUUUGAUGAGGUAAGAUCGAAGUUAACAUCUUUUCAAGAUUCUAUCGUUAUCAUCAAUGAUAUGUUGUCACUGGAAGUGAUGAUUGAAAGCAUUAAUGAGUUUUUGUUCCAACAUCUGGGUGGGGAUGGAGCCAAGGAUGCUGAUUGGAGGGAUAUUGAGUUGGGAUUGUAUCAGUUGACAUAUUAUAGCGAACUAUUGAGAAAUAACAUCAUGAAUCUACCAAAAACGAUGAUUAAUGCCUCCAAACCAUAUUAUGUGUUUAACGAAAUGCUCUGUAAAGUGAUUAAGAACUCAACAGAUAUUCUUCUAAGUCAUCCCCUUAUUCAAUUGCUGUUCUUUGAGUUAAUCAUGAAACAUUACACAUUUUUCAGCAACUCAAACAUUCAGGUGGAAGGUGUUGACAAAUCAGAAAUUCUUCUUAAGGUGCUGAAGAUCUUUGCUUCCAACUUUGGUAUCUUUAGUGAGAAUUCUAAGGUGAAAUACCGAUCCUGGUAUCUUUUCAGCAGGUUUAUUAAAUUGACACGGCCUCAGAUUGACGAUUUUGUCAUUACAGAAUUAACGGAAAGUUUAACACCACUCUUGCAAUUUGAUUUCGAGGUAUCAGGGGACAAAAACCGCGGAGGCAACUUGCAGGAUAUUGAUCUCACCUUGGUGGAAGAAAAUGGAAGCUUUGAAAACCAAUUAUUUCUCCUAGAAGCCAUUGGCGUACUAAUCACAUUGAUGCACAGUCCUGAGGAGAGAAUCAAUAUGGUACAGAAUGUGUUACAGCCGCUUUUCAACAAUCUAGAAAAAUGCAUCAAUGGUUUGCAUAAGCUCGACUUGGCCACCCUUCUUCAGGCUCAUCACACUCUCGUCUCUGUUGGUACUAUCAUCAAGGGAUUUGAAGGGCUUAAUCCUAGUCAGUACACGGAUAAAUUUAUAGAGAUACUUCAACAGAUUGCACAGGUGGUUUUAAUCACACUUGAACAGUUUGACGAUUACAACGUGGUCAGAGAAGCCUGCUCUUUUUGCAUGGUAAGACUCUUCAUUCUCUUGUCAAAGUUUGGUUCCACACAUGUUGAGGUGCUACAGGAUGUUCUAUCGAAGUUCGUAAGCAUUACGAUAAACGGAUUUGACAAGCGAAAGAUGUCAGAAGUGGUAAACUUCAUCAAUUUUAUAACACAGUUGUUCCAUUAUUGCAGUUCCAUGGAACCAGUCUACUUACUUCUAAGCUCCCUUUUGGCUCCAUUAAUUGGCAAAGUGAUGGAGAGAAUUGAACUGGAAACUUCACGAGCUGGCGACGAUUUUACCAAGAAUGAUAUUCUAGACUUGCAAAAAGCACUCAUGUCUUUGCUAUCAUCAAUCUCGAAUGAUAAUUUGAACUCGAUGUGGUUGGCCAACGACGAUAAUAAGCAAAUUCUUGUCACAGUGAUCAAUCUGAUGUUGAGUUAUAUCUACAACUACUCAACUAACGAUAUCUCACUAGUCAAGAGGGCUAUUGGAGAACUAAAUGCUCUCAACCAUGGAUUAGGAUUAGGUAAAGUAGUCGAUAUAGAAGACCACUUCAAGAAUGACAACAACACCUUCGAGAAAGCAGGAGAACUGUUGGUAGCCAAUUCAAUUCUUAUUAGUAUCGAAUUGACUUUCAAGCUCCAGAAUAAGGAACUCCUCAAGGAUGCGCAAUUUAGAAAUGGAGUUCUCUUGGAGAUCUCACGACUAUUGAAGACUGUGGCGUUCAUCGGACAUGAUAUUCCAGAUACAAAUACAUUAAAAAAGGAUAAGCCCAAGAGAAAUGGACAAGCUGGACCACCAACUACUAAUACACAUAAUGAUAUGACAUGCCAACAGAUAACCAAUGCUUUGAUCAAUCAGUUGGGAUACCCAGUGGAUGCGGCAAAUGAAUUUGUUCAGCAUUUAAUUAGCAGUACGGACAGGCAAUUUUCAAAGUAUCUAAUAGGAUUAAUAGGUGAUUCUGAUAUCGAUGACGACGAUGACGACGAUGAUAGUGAUAACGACAACGAUAACAAUAAAAGCAUCAGCACAAUUAACAACUCUUUACCCAGAACAGCAGGUACUGCAAACAGUGCAAAUACUGCAAGACUUCGUCAUAUAGUUGAUACUACUCUCAGCAAACGGACGGGGUUCAAGCGUUCCAAUUCCAGCUCACUUGAAAGUUCUGACAAGUCUCGUACAAAGCUUGACUUUGCAUUCAGCGACUGUUUUAUGAACAAAACGCAGCCUCCUCCUUCGUUUUUACACAGGCGACAGGGCAGCUCUGCUUCAUCCCCAGCUACAAUUACAACGCCUCGUCCUGUUUCUCUUUUUGCUUUUGAACCUUCUUCCAACUACUUCGAUGAUCACAGGUUUGUUCGACAGAGCCCUGCAGUUAAAAUAGUGUCAACUGAUGAGCUUAUUCAGUUUCUUAUAUUGCACUAUUCUAUUCCUCUGCCUGAUGUUGAUACUGUAUUUCCUUGGUUACAUGGCAUACAUAGAAACAACCAGGCUCAGCUUCAAUUCUUGGGAAGAUCAAUCACAGCCGAAACUAAAUAUACGAGCGCAGAUGCCAAUUCUUCCGAGUCUUCGCAUUCUGAGCUUUUCACUCCUGAGACAACCGACAAUCUUGAAGCUGAUCUGGUAAGCUCUCGUGUUCCCAAUGGCGUGCGAAAUAUCAUGGUUGUUCGAUCUUGUAAUACCUGUGGCGAGGUAUCUUCUGAGUACUCGGACAUCAUUGUCGAAUCCACAGGACUUAUUCGAGGCACUGUAUCUGCUGACGACAUUCUUAUGUCUACCCAAGGUGUUCCUGACAUGAAAAUGUAUCUCAAGUCAGUACUAGGUGACAAAAGUGAAGCGCUUGGAUUGAUCUCAAUGGAUACCAUAGAGGAUGACUGCAAUCGUACAAAACUUUUACCAGUUUUCAAAGAUAUGGAUCCCCAGUUUGGCGUUUCUCUUAGGAAUUUCCACAUCCAGGUUUCAAAGGUGAGUAAUCUAUCCGAUUUAAUAGUGUACUGCUUCAAUGAUGAUCACAGCUUGUGCGUUGAUGAGGCCACUGGAGAUCAUUCCCCAUGCUUUGAUUUCUCCUCAAAAAACUGCAAGUGCGUUUCUUUGUGCAGACUUCUUCACAUUGCUCAGAUAAUAUAUGCUGAUGAACAUUUUGAAAUGAACUCGGAUCCGAAACUGGGCAGCAAAAGGUGCCCCUACAAUACUUUUAUGGUGAGAGAUCCUUCGCAACAGAAAAUGCAUGAGGCAAAUCUUCUUGCAAUACCCGUGAUGGAUACCAAAUCUUCUCUGAAGGCACCACAAGACCUUUGUUCGGAAUACGACCUCAACGUAUUCAAUAAUUGGGAUUCUAAUUACUUAUAUAGAGAACGCCUUGAGAUCUCCAAGAUGUCUACUGCUACUCCUAUUUCAACUGGAAAUGUAUGGCUUGGAAACAUAACAGAUUUUGAAUGUCUGCAAAUCCGUCUUGGGAACGGUGAAUCCUUUCCGCAGAAUACUACAUCGCGUCUUCCCUCUACACCGUUAUACUGCGACCCCCAAAAUACUGUUGUGACUCUCACAAAGCGAGAUCUUGAUCUGAAAAAGAAAGCCAUUAGCGAGCUUGAUGCUAAGCUUAUUACUCUUCCAAAAACUAGAUGGAGAUUAUUUGUCCACUGCUUUGAAGGAGCCACAUUUCCAGAGCUUUCAGACUUAAAGGCCUUGUUUGAAAGUCACAAUGAGCAUAUUGAACAGGUACAACUAGAAUUUCCUCCUUCUGGCUCUUUUACGCUAUCUGAUAUGUCUGAGAAUGAUAUUUUAACUAUUGUUAACAUCUGCAAACUGUGCUAUUAUAGAUGCAGCAAACACUUUCCUGCUCUUUUAUACUGCUCUGACGGAUACACCGAGACGUCACUUCUUACUAUUUGUUUUGUCAUGUAUGCAGAACGGCUUCUUCUUGACGAUGCCCUUAUCAAAUUGCAUAUGCAUUAUGGCCGACCAUUUUUCAUUUUUAGGACCGAUUACCUCCUUUUAAUGAAGUUAGAACCCAUUCUGCAUGGAUUUUCUCCUUUGAACUCCGCUGAAAAUGGUUCUGACGACUGCACAUUUGAACAGGAUGCUUCAAGAAUCAGUGUUGGAUGUAACGUGGACAGUCAUUACAGAAGCUCUAGAAGAUCGUCUACCGAUGCCCAAAGUGAUUCAGACAGCCCUCUUGAACCAGUUCUAGGUUCGUUACCUUCUCGAAUUUUGCCUCACCUGUACCUCGGAUCCCUUGCGCAUGCAUGCUGCCUUUCAUUGCUUUCCACCCUUGGAAUUAACUACAUAAUCAGCGUGGAAGAACAUAUUCCAUGGAUAGACAACCUAAAAUACGAUACCACGGUGACCGAAUCCGGGUGCGAGGUUCUGAGCUUUAAAUCCAACCAGAGGGACUUUCCGUCAGGCGACAACUGCCAUGUCUCUCAAGUCAUGCGUAUCAACAAUAUCUGUGAUGAUGGUGUUGGUACUUUGACUACUACAAUUAACGAUGCGUUAGAGUUCUUGGACAAAUGCUAUCGUAAUGGUGGUAGAGUACUCGUUCAUUGCCAAGUUGGAGUCUCGCGGUCAGCCACUGUAUGCAUUGCAGAGGUGAUGCGGAGAUUAAACGUUAGUCUUCCAAGAGCUUAUAUGUUUGUCAGGGUUCGUAGACUGAACGUAAUCAUUCAACCCAACUUGAAGCUGAUGUACGAGCUUUUCAAAUGGGAGGAGGCAUUUGUCAGAUCCAAAGAUUUAAAAGCCAUACAGUCGCAGCGCCGCCACAGAUACAGCAGCAACUCGUCAUCGCUGUCUUCAGCAGCCUCAGGAUCAAUAUUUACUGCCGGCGGCCUAAGCGAACGAUCAUCUAUAUCGACUUUUGGUGGUUCUGCGAAAAUUGUCGUCGUUGGUGCGGGUGUGGUGGGUCUCACCACUGCUCUCGAGCUUUUGAACCAACCAGGAGCCAAUCACAGAGUGACAGUGGUUGCAUCACAAAUUCCUACAGAUUUCCAAUUCUCAUCCAACUAUACGAGUCCUUUUGCGGGUGCAAAUUGGAUGUCUUUUGCUGCUCAUGAUGACAUAAGACAACAAAAUAUCGAUGCCGUCGGUUAUAGAAGAUUCAAGCAACUGGCCCGCACUAGACCUGAAUCCGGGGUGAAGGAAAGAGUCAAUUACGUCUAUAUUACCAAUGAGAAAUUUGCCGCUGGUGGUAAUAUCAUUGACCUUCCAUGGUUCAGUGAACUCAAAGAUCUAAAUUUGAAGCUUGUGCCUGACUAUGACCAUUCUAAGUUCAGCUAUGCUUAUAAGUUUGAUGGCUUCGUUAUUUCUACAACAUACUACUUGGGCUUUCUUUGGAGCGAGUGCGCCAAGACAGGACGUUUUGAUUUGCAGAGAAAGACGAUUAACAAAUUGCAAGAUGCCUUUAACUUGCAUGCUGACGGCGUUAGAGCCGAUUUGGUUGUCAACUGCUCCGGCCUAAGGGCUCGUGAGUUGGUUCCAGACUCUGCUGUUUAUGGAGUGAGAGGCGUCACUUUAUUGGCUGAUAACAACAUCAAUUUGAAAGAUGUAAUGGUGGUGGAGACCAAUGAAAAAGGCUUUUCAGAUGAGGAAUUGUACAUCAUGCCUAGAAAAGAGGGUGGAUUGGUAAUUGGCGGUUGUUUCCAGGUCAACAACGAAAUGGAAAAGACAGCCAGCGACGAGCAGGUGCAAAGAAUAUUAGGUAGGGCACGGAAGUACUUGCCUAAUUUAAACUGGAAGAAGUUUGAUAUCUUCAGAAAGCAGGUCGGCUUUAGGCCUUUCAGAAAGGGAGGACUUAGAAUUGAGGCCGAUCCCUCGCUCCAUGGUGUGAUCCAUUGUUAUGGGCAUGGAGGUGCCGGAUACCAGGCUUCAUGGGGUUCAGCAGUCGAGGUGGUGAAACUAGCCAACAACUAUUUGACAAGUCAGAAAAAUACGGCUUAUCCACAUUUAUAA